AUGGCUCCCAUCGGUCAGAUCUACGGCUACGUCGGCCACCCCAAGACCAACGCGGCUCUUGCCGCCGCCGCUUACAACGGCCUCGAGCUCGAGGUUGUCGACACCCAGGCCAUGAGGGGCGACACCAAGAAGCCCGAGUACCUUGCGCUCUUCCCCUACGGCAAGAUCCCCGCCUUCAAGGGCACCGACGGCUUCUCCCUCACCGAGUCCAAGGCCAUCUCCCACUACAUCGCCAGCCUCUCGGACAACUCCAAGCUGCUCGGCACCGACGCCAAGUCGGCCGCCCUCGUCAACCAGUGGGUCUCGUUCGCCGAGGACGAGAUCCUCAACAACGGCGUCCAGCUCAUGCUCCUCUGCCUCAACAUCAUCCCCUACAACAAGGCGGCUGAGCAGCGUAUCUGGGCCAACCUCGACCGUGCCUUCGCCUACGUCGAGGCCGAGCUCAAGAAGAAGACCUUCAUCGUCGGCCACCGCGUCACCCUCGCCGACCUCCACCUCGCCGCCUCGAUCGGCAUGGUCUUCGCCCGCCUCGGCGGCGUCAACUUCCGCUCCAAGUACCCCAACUCGGUGCGCUACUUCAACACCAUCACCAACCAGCCCCAGGUGCUCCCCAUCUACAAGGACUUCCAGUUCACCGAGGACAACAUCAAGUUUGUUGCGCCCAAGAAGGAGGAGAAGCCCAAGGCUGCGCCUGCCCCCAAGGCCGAGAAGCCCAAGGCCGCCCCCGCGCCCAAGGACGACGAGGACGACGAGCCCAAGCCGGCGCCCAAGCCCAAGAACCCUCUGGACGACCUGCCCAAGUCGUCGUUCAACCUGGACGAGUGGAAGCGCACCUACUCGAACGAGGACACGCGCGAGAAGGCGCUGCCCUGGUUCUUUGAGCACUUUGACGCCGAGGGAUACUCGAUCGUCAAGCUCGACUACAAGUACAACGACGAGCUCCAGGCGGUCUUCCAGUCCAACAACCUCAUCGGCGGCUUCUUUGCGCGUCUCGAGGCGUCGCGCAAGUACACCAUGGGCACCCUCGGCGUGUUUGGCGAGAACAACAACAACCUCAUCACCGGUGUGCUGAUUUGCCGCGGCAAGGACCCCAAGUCGGUGCUCGAGGUGGCUCCCGACGCCGACUCGUACGCCGUGACGCCCCUCGACAUCUCCAAGCCCGAGGACAAGAAGUUCUUCGAGGACAUGAUGGCCUGGGAGGCUGUUGUCGACGGCAAGGCUUUCGCCGACGGCAAGAUCAUGAACUGGGGGUUGGUGUUGCACUGUCCACGUCGACCUUGUACGAUGGGGCUUGCGCUGUGGCUUGUUCCACACCCUGGAGCGUUGAGCGCGGCUCUGCAGACGGAGAUUGCACAGUUGCGCGCGGCGAAUGCCGACUGUUCGGGCGAGUUUGGUCUGCAUGCUACACUGCUUGCUGGACUAGGCGAUCGAUCCAUCGACCCUUCUGCCCUCCUUGACGUUGCACACAAACUGGUUGCACAAUGGAAGACCAACCACACCCAGCUAGAGGUGGGGCUCAAGGACGUUGAAACCAGAGCAUCGUACUUUCAGUGCAUCGUGGUGUCGCUCAUCCGCAAUUCGGCGCUACUCGAGCUGUAUACCGCAGCCAAGGACGCUGUGGAUAGCAACUUUCCCGCACCGCCGCAUGCGCAAGACAGGCCCGACUACUUUCCACACAUCUCGCUCAUCUAUGCGCCACUCACCACCGAGCAGGCGCAGUCCCAAAUCGACGACAUGCACAGGCGGGGCGUCUUUACCCACACCGACCACGGCAUCGCAUUCCAAGGCCACAACAGCGUCCAUUUCGCCUCACUCGACAUCGUCGAUUGCACGGGCAAACCACAAGACUGGCGCACCCUCCACUCCAUCCCCCUCUGA